ACUUUCUCUAAAGUUAACUUUGCUUAGCAUGUUUUUUAUUAACCAAUUACAAGAGAGCACGUGGGCCUAAACGUGUAAACUAUGCAUGUCAUGGAGACUUGUUAGGACUGAAUUUUGUAAGUUGUAACGUUUACAGUUUACUUGUAAAUCUACACUAGUUGCUUAAGUUGACAAGAUUUAUAAGGACCCAUCUCUAAAGUAUAAACAUAAUUGCUAGAGGACAUCCAGAAGUUACCACUUUGCUACAGAAGCAACACAAUAAUAAUGGCAUUUGAUGUGAGAAGAUUUGAUAUCUACAGGAAGAUACCUAAAGACCUUACUCAGCCAACACUGACUGGAGCAGUUGUGUCUGUAUGCUGCUGUUUCUUCAUCCUGGUCCUUUUUCUAUCGGAGUUUCUAUCGUUCAUUAGUACAGAAGUAGUCAGUGAACUUUAUGUGGAUAAUCCUGGAACCAAUGAUAAAAUAUUAGUUCGAUUAAACAUCUCUCUGCCUCGCCUGUCAUGCGAUGUGUUGGGAUUAGAUAUUCAAGACGAAAUGGGAAGACAUGAAGUGGGAUUUGUGGAAAACACAGAAAAAGUUCCGCUGAACGAUGGCAAGGGAUGUCGUUUUGAGGGAAGCUUUUAUAUCAACAAAGUGCCUGGUAACUUUCAUGUAUCUACGCAUGCCGCCUCUAAGCAGCCAGAUAGUAUUGAUAUGGGACAUUUCAUCCAUGAAGUCAGUUUUGGUCAAAAAGUGAAAGACCAAUCACGAGGAAGUUUUAAUCCCUUGAAAGAUGUAAACAAAGAAGAUUCACAAGACAUUGGAUCUCACGACUACGUGAUGAAGAUAGUUCCGACAAUUUAUGAAGAUUUAUCAGGACAAAAAACAGAGUCAUAUCAAUACACUUAUGCUUACAAGACUUAUGUGGCCUUUAGUCACAGUGGACGAAUUAUUCCAGCAAUCUGGUUUCGCUAUGAUUUAAACCCAAUCACUGUGAAAUACACAGAAAAGAGACAACCACUAUAUAGUUUUAUAACAACUGUUUGUGCUAUUGUUGGAGGUACCUUUACAGUAGCAGGAAUUAUUGAUUCAGUAAUCUUUACAGCCUCAGAAAUCUUUAAAAAAGCUGAAUUAGGGAAGCUAAGCUAGUCCAGUAGGAUCUUUGUGAAAGCUUCCAACAAGGAUUGAGUGGCUUAUGUAUUUUUAAUGGAACAAAAAAAUUGAUAUGUAUAAGAAUUAAAGCUGAAUAGUAUAUGAUUUGACAAAAGAAAAUAAAUAGAAAAAUUCUAAAGUGGUUCUACUAAUAGUCAGUUUUAUGACAAAUUGUAUUACAGAUUUUUAUAAUGUUAAACAUUUUAUAAUUAUUUACUGACAAAAAAAAAGUUAAAUGUUAACCUUAAAGUAUGACAUCUGAAUUGUAAAGUCCAAGUUAAAAAAAUGAUGAAUACAGUUGUUUACCUAAUUAUAGUAUUUUGGCACUUGUGUAUAAAGUUAAAAUUAUAAAUAAUAUUCAACGUUAAACUGGUACACAGUU